AUGGACCACUUGACCUCGACCAAAGACACUUUCCACCUCUUCCCGCGAUUUCCCCUCGAGAUCCGCAGGCUGGUCUGGGAGCAAGCUCGCGCAGAGUCUUACAUGUUCUGCGCCUUUGACACGGCAGCGUCGAGCAGCAACAACACGCCGCAGCAAGCGAGGAAAAUGACGUAG